CAACUCGCUCCAAAGGUCUUUCCAAUUUUGUCAGCCAAAGCAAGAGAAGCCGUCAUCAUGGUAUCGUCGCACCUCAACUGGUUGAUCAUUCGUGAUCACAACUCGUUCCUGCUGAAGCAGAAGAACAUCCGGAAACCGUUCAGUAAGGAGCCCAACAACCUGACCAACUUGAGCUCGUACCGCUACAGUGGAUUGGUCCACAAGAAGACCCUCGCUGUUGCACCGGCGGAUAAGAAGAGUGUCACCCUAACUUACAACAGGGCGAAGCAUAAUCGUACCCCAGCGAAGAGUGUCGUGAAGGCAACGAUUAAGGCUCAUGAUCCCCGCCAUGCUCUGAAGAAGGUGGCCCGCAUGAUCGACGGUAUGCGAUAUCGUCGGGAUCUGAAGCAGGCAGCGCUCCGUCGUACUAGUGCUAUCAUUCGCUCCCAGCGAACUUACAAGCCCAGGAAGGGUAAGGCAGGAACUGCCCCUGCAGCUCCCGCUGCCGCUACCCCUGCUGCUACCGCUGCCCCGAAAAAGGCAGAGUAAGCUGACGGAUGGGAUGGAAAUUCGCUGGAGAACGCACCUUGCUCCGUGAGCUUUGUGGUUCUUGAAAAGAAAUAUUAAUAAAAGCCACAUUCACACU